CUGUUUCACCAUCCAUGUGUUGUGUCGUGCUGAAGAGUCUGCGGAGAGAUUGUUUUUGCUAGGCUAGUCGGGUACCAAGCCAGCCACAUUCUUUCAUAGGUGUUUAAGGGAGACACACCCAGACGUAAAGAGCCUGGCCCAGGAAGAGAAACAAACAUACUGGUGUCCACAGAGCAAACACUUCUGUCUGUUUAAGGCUUUCUUAACGUAGGCUUCAACUCUUAGCUUGCCUGUCCUGUGCUUCAGUAAGUCGAGGGGAAUUCACCAGUAAACACUUAGGAUAUUUUGGCUUCCCCUCUUCUCCCCCUCCCCCUUUGGGUGGGUCCCUCCAUAUUUUCUGUCCCUAUCAGGAGAUCAGGUUGGCGUGGCUUGGAAGUAAACAUGAUACUCUGCCAACAUAAAGUGGUUCAGAAAUGUUAAUCUAUUUUACCAAGCCAGCAUUUCUAGCCAUACGUAUCUUAAGCUAUCAUAAAACAUGUACCUGCCAUGCUCAGGAAUGUGCCGAGGGCGAAUAUCAAAGCCUGCCGAGGGAGGCUGGGAGUGUGUUUUGCUGUGUUGUAGGGUUAUACCCUGACAACCUUCAGGAGGCCUGGGGUUCUGGCAGGGAGCGGCGUAUAAAUAUCGCAGACAGCUCCUUUAUCCAUCGACUUAUUCCUGCAGGGACCAAUGGUUCCUAUGUGUUCACUCAGGAGCAGUGCCGUGCCAGGAUGGAUGAGGGGCUCAAGCUGCUUGCACCUGCCUGAGUUAGCUGUCAGUCCGUCCAGCCAUAACUCUCUGAGCCUAGCAGGAGCAGGCAGCCGUAUGGAAAAGCUCUCUGCUUAUUGCCGGCUUCUUUGAGAGAAGUUUCCUGGGCCUCCUGACCAGGACAUCACUGGUUCAGGGCGACGCCGUCCUGCAGAGGGCUGACGGACAUGGACACCCUUCCCCUACCUUAGUGUGACCGUUCCAACACAGACCUGCUAAGGCCGUCUAAGGGGUGCCUGUGCCAGGAGAGGAGGGAGGCGUCCCCCGGCCGGCCGCAGAGCCAUGCCUUUCGGCCUGAAGCUUCGUAGGACUCGGCGCUACAAUGUCCUGAGCAAGAACUGCUUUGUUACACGGAUCCGCCUGCUGGACAGCAAUGUCAUCGAGUGCACCCUGUCUGUGGAGAGCACGGGGCAGGAGUGUCUGGAGGCCGUGGCCCAGAGGCUGGAGCUGCGGGAGACACACUACUUCGGCCUUUGGUUUCUCAGCAAGAGCCAGCAGGCGAGAUGGGUGGAGCUGGAGAAGCCGCUGAAGAAGCAUCUGGACAAAUUCGCUAACGAGCCUCUGCUCUUCUUCGGAGUCAUGUUCUAUGUGCCAAAUGUGUCGUGGCUUCAGCAGGAGGCCACAAGAUACCAGUAUUACCUGCAAGCCAAAAAGGAUGUGCUUGAAGGGCGGUUACGGUGCACACUGGAGCAAGUGAUCCGGCUGGCCGGCUUAGCUGUGCAAGCGGAUUUUGGAGACUAUAACCAAUUUGAUUCCCAAGAAUUCCUCCGAGAAUAUGUCCUCUUCCCUAUGGAUUUGGCCCUGGAGGAGGCUGUUCUGGAGGAGCUGACGCAGAAGGUGGCCCAGGAGCACAAAGCCCACAGUGGGAUCCCGCCUGCAGAAGCUGAGCUGAUGUACAUCAAUGAAGUAGAACGUUUGGAUGGAUUUGGACAGGAGACCUUCCCGGUGAAGGACAAUCACGGCAACAGCACACACCUCGGCAUUUUCUUUAUGGGAAUUUUCGUGAGGAACAGAAUCGGAAGACAGGCGGUAAUAUACAGGUGGAAUGACAUUGGGAGUGUCACCCACAGCAAAUCAGCCAUCCUUCUAGAACUGAUUGACAAGGAGGAGACAGCACUCUUCCACACAGAUGAUAUUGAAAAUGCCAAGUAUAUUUCCCGGUUAUUUACAACACGGCACAAGUUUUACAAACAGAACAAGAUCUGCACUGAACAGUCAAAUUCUCCACCCCCAAUCAGACGCCAGCCCACCUGGAGCCGGUCCUCACUGCCAAGGCAGCAGCCGUACAUCCUGCCUCCCAUGCACGUGCAAUGCAGUGAACACUACUCGGAGACCCACACUUCCCAAGACAGCAUUUUCCCUGGGAACGAGGAAGCCUUGUAUUGCAAAUCUCACAACAGCCUGGACUUAAACUACUUAAAUGGCACCGUCACCAAUGGCAGCGUGUGCAGUGUUCACAGUGUUAACUCCCUCAGCUGCUCCCAAAGCUUCAUCCAGGCCUCUCCGGUGUCCUCCAACCUCAGCAUCCCUGGAAGCGACAUCAUGAGGGCGGACUACAUCCCCAGCCACCGACAUAGCACCAUCAUCGUACCUUCUUACAGGCCCACCCCUGACUACGAGACAGUGAUGCGGCAGAUGAAGAGGGGGCUGAUGCAUGCAGACAGCCAGAGCCGGUCUCUGCGGAACCUCAACAUCAUCAACACCCAUGCUUACAACCAGCCUGAGGAACUGGUGUACAGCCAGCCAGAGAUGCGGGAGAGGCAUCCCUACACUGUCCCGUACGCGCCCCAGGGGGGCUACGGUCACAGACUUGUUAGUCCAUCUGACCAGAUGAACCCCAAAAAUAGUGCAGUGUGUAGCAAGCCAGGGGCCAGCUCCAUCUCUCACACGGUGAGCACUCCAGAGCUGGCCAACAUGCAGCUUCAAGGAACACAAAACUACAGCACAGCCCACAUGCUCAAGAACUAUCUCUUUAGGCCCCCACCCCCUUACCCUCGGCCUCGGCCUGCCACCAGCACCCCAGACCUCGCCAGCCACCGCCACAAGUAUGUCAGUGGCAGCAGCCCUGAUCUGGUGACUCGGAAAGUCCAGCUUUCCGUAAAAACCUUCCAGGAGGACAGCUCUCCCGUGGUCCAUCAGUCUUUGCAGGAAGUAAGCGAGCCCCUUACCGCCACCAAGCACCACGGCACGGUGAAUAAACGCCACAGCCUAGAGGUGAUGAACAGUAUGGUACGCGGCAUGGAGGCCAUGACACUGAAGUCACUCAAUAUCCCCAUGGCUCGCCGUAACACGCUUCGGGAGCAGGGCCCCUCCGAGGACGCGGGUGGCCAUGAUGUGCACGGGCUUCCCCAGUACCGCCACAAGAAGACAUUCUCGGAUGCCACCAUGCUAAUCCACAGCAGUGAGAGUGAGGAGGAGGAGGAGGCCCCUGAGGCAGUGCCUCAGAUUCCGGUCCUUCGGGAGAAGGUGGAAUACAGUGCCCAGCUGCAGGCCGCCCUGGCCCGCAUUCCCAACAGGCCCCCGCCGGAGUACCCAGGGCCAAGAAAAAGUGUCAGUAACGGGGCACUGCGGCAGGACCAGGGGACCGUCCUUCCUGCCAUGGCCAGAGCCCGGGUGCUGAGACACGGGCCAGCCAAGGCCCUUAGUGUCUCUCGGGCCGAGCAGCUGGCUGUCAAUGGGGCCUCUCUGGGCCCCUCCAUCUCUGAGCCUGACCUCACCAGCGUGAAGGAGCGGGUCAAGAAGGAGCCUGUGAAGGAGAGGCCCGUGUCAGAGAUGUUCUCCCUGGAGGACAGCAUUAUAGAGAGAGAGAUGAUGACUAGGAAUCUCGAGAAGCAGAAGAUGGCAGGCCUGGACCCACAGAGGAGGCCACUUAUGCUGGCAGCGCUGAACGGGCUCUCGGUGGCCCGCGUCCCGGGGCGGGAAGACAGUCGACACGAUGCCACCCGAGUCCCCAUAGAUGAGAGGCUCCGAGCCCUGAAGAAGAAGCUAGAAGAGGGAAUGGUGUUCACGGAGUAUGAGCAGAUCCCCCACAAAAAGGCCAAUGGCAUCUUCAGCACCGCCACUCUGCCAGAAAAUGCUGAGCGUAGCCGGAUCCGAGAAGUCGUCCCCUACGAGGAGAACCGGGUGGAGCUCAUCCCGACCAAGGAGAACAACACAGGCUACAUCAACGCCUCCCACAUCAAGGUGGUGGUUGCUGGGGCAGAAUGGCACUACAUCGCCACCCAGGGACCCCUGCCGCACACCUGCCAUGACUUCUGGCAGAUGGUGUGGGAGCAGGGGGUCAACGUGAUCGCCAUGGUCACCGCGGAGGAGGAGGGCGGACGGACCAAAAGUCAUCGAUACUGGCCCAAACUGGGGUCCAAGCACAGCUCAGCCACCUAUGGCAAGUUCAAGGUCACCACGAAGUUCCGCACAGACUCUGGUUGCUAUGCAACCACAGGGUUAAAGGUCAAGCACCUGCUGUCUGGCCAGGAGAGGACGGUGUGGCACUUGCAGUACACUGACUGGCCCCACCACGGCUGCCCAGAAGAUGUCCAAGGAUUUCUGUCCUACUUGGAGGAAAUCCAGUCAGUCAGGCGUCACACCAACAGUGUCCUGGAAGGCAUCAAGACCAGGCACCCGCCCAUCGUGGUCCACUGCAGUGCAGGGGUGGGGAGGACUGGCGUGGUCAUCCUUUCCGAGCUCAUGAUCUACUGCCUGGAGCAUAAUGAGAAGGUGGAUGUGCCCACGAUGCUGAGGUUUCUCAGGGAGCAGAGGAUGUUCAUGAUCCAGACUAUCGCGCAGUACAAGUUCGUCUACCAAGUCCUCGUCCAAUUCCUGCAGAACUCCAGGCUCAUUUGAGUUCCCAGCUGCAGCUUCUAGAGGAGGGCGCCAGCUCUAUCCUGCAGGGAGCGCCACUUCUGGACAACAUCUGCCUCCUCAGUUGGAGGUGGAUGGCUUGCAUCAGGCAAGAGCCAGAGUUACUUACAAACAUCAUGUAUUAUUUUAUAUGAGAUAAUUUAUUUUUCCGUCUUUGGAAUAAGUUUUGUUGAGUUAUUAUAAUGCAUUUUUUUUCACAAUAAUAUAGUGCUUCUCAUUUGAACCACAUGUUGACUGAUCUGCAUAUAAGCCCCCGGGAGGGAAGGUGGUGACCCCAUGGGACACUGUAGGCACAGAGGCAUAAGGGAACACAUUCCUAGUGAAGGUGCAGACAAAUUACUAAUGCCCCCAGUCAAAAGUGGCAAGCGAAAGAAUUCACUCACUUCCCAGCUGGAAGGAAGAGAGCCGAGGAAGGCCCUUGCAAGUGUCCCCUUAACACUGGAUCCACGUGGCUCGCUGGAUAGCUGCUUCCCACUGCUCCUUUGCUGCCCUCAUCCCCAUGAUCUCUCAGUCCCUAAGCCUGGGGUGAAAAGUUUAAGGCUGGCCGUGCUGUCUUUGCUGCUGGCUCUGCUGCUCACUCAGCCCUUGUUCUGGCCCAGAACUCUGAUGCGGUGAUGGAGCCCAUCUUGCAUGCUCCCAGCACUCUCGUCUGGUGGCCCUGGGCCAGGCCAUCUGCCCGGCUCAGCCCUUUGCCUGACUGAGAGAAGAUAAUUGGGCAGGGUGGGAACGGCAUCGGGUGGGGCCUCGAUGUGGAUUCUUAACUAAGUAAUGUUGAGUGUGGCGGAUGGGGACUUAAGAGGGUGAGGUUUGGGUCUGUUCCAUUUUCCUAUCCAUGGCUAAGUUGUUAGAAGGGUCUUAAGGGUAAUGGCUAAGGAAACUCACAUCUGGGAGCCGCCUGGUACUCGGCAGCAGGGCCCUGGCCAGGAGGCUCACCCCUGACAGGCAUGCACCCUACCUACCUCACUUGCAUGCUGAUUGAUUCUAGGCUCUGGCUAACAAGGACUGAGUUGAUUCCACCUAGGGCUUCUUUGUUGAUGUCUUGAGGCUGGGCCCCAGGCUGAACUUGGACUUGGUGUGUAGCAAGACGAUGGCUCUCAGUCUCCCGUCUAUACCUCCCAACCGUUGGGAUUUCGGGUGUGAACACCACACACAGGCCAUACUUGCCCUCAUGAUGAAUACUGAGACUGUCUUUUGUAAAAUCCUCCACUGCCUACCUUUCCUUGCAUAGCCCAGUUUCUGGUCAGUGAUGGUAUCAACUACCCUCACACUGAAGCUCAGUUUCCUUCCGUGUCUUUUCUGAGUAUAAUUUCUUCACUGUGUUUGUGGAACUGAUUGUGUCUUGUCUCCCUCCCUAGUUACGUUUUCCUUUUCUCGCCCCCCUGAGCUGAAAAGACCAACCAGAAAGAGCAUGCCUUUGUGGCUUCUAUCCACUCCACCAACACACACACACACACACACAUACACACACACACACACACACCGCCCAGCACACUAGUAGAUGCCCAUGACAGCAGAUUCCCCAUGAGCAUCUCCGGAAGAUGAGCAGAGCUGCCUUCCCUCUGGGCCAGCGUGGUGCUGAUACUGGUAUUCCUACAGCAUCUGUGAGUUCAGAAUCUGAAGGCGGGGCACUUCCACCUUCCCUUCCACGGUGCAGAAUGAAUUGAGGGGCGUAGGUGAUCAUGACCCUUGUAGACCUGGCACACUGACGUAGGUGUCUGGGGGGGGGGGGAAUGGAAAAGCCCGUGGAGGCUGUUCUUUCAAGACAGUUCCCUCUUUCAGGUGUCCUAACAGUCGGUGCCACUAACAGUUUCAUUCUGGGAUGAAGAAUGUUGAUAUGCACCUGCCGUCUCUAAGCCUUGUUGUGUUAGAAUGUCUCACGUGAGCAGCGAGGAGAAAUGAUGCCCCUCUCAACUCAUCACUGGGGCUGUUUCUGUCUUAUGCUAACAGAACAAGGGACAGGGAAGACGUAGUCUUCGUACCCAGCUUCCUAGCCAACGCACUAUGAAACCCCAAAGGACAACAAAGGACACUUAGUGUCCUGUGCUGUAUCUCCUCCUUAAACACUGUUGCCUCUGGUUCUUCAGCACAUUCCGGAUUCCCUCUCCCACCCAGGAAGCCCCCAGAGAUCUCUGGUUAAAUCAGCAGCAGGCAUUUCAAGUCCUCUCGGUGGCAUCUGCAUAACAAUCGCCGAGAGCCCGCUCUACCUGGGAAGCUAGCCAAGGAGUAAGCCUUGAAGCUAAGUGUAUUAAAUUAGUUAUCUAGUCAGGGUUUGGAUGGGUUUCCUGACAGUGUGUUGGGACUGAAGCUGGAGCUGUCAGAGCCCAUGGCUGCAGUUUGGAUUUGAAGGGGGAGAAAAAUUAAAACGGGAGCCAGUAAGACAUCCCAUCUCACAACAGAGCAGUGGGCCAUUCCUCCACCCCUGGUUUGAGGUUUUCAUGUUGUGCAGUUGGUUCUGCCCUCCACCCACGCCCAUUUGCAUAUGCCCACCUUUGUCCCUGUCCAGGGUCUCUGCAUCCUGGCUGAGAUGCUCUGUGGCGAAGGCCAGGAGUGCCUGGCUGGUCUAGUGGGGCUCUGAGGUGGUUCCUGGUGGAGCAGGAGGACCGCACAUCUGAACGCGCUUGCUCCUCAGUGCUCCCCGCUCUGGGUAGAGGUGAGAGCAGGUUUAGGCAGCGUGCUGGUUGCUUUACUGAGGUGAAGACAGUGGGUCCCUCUACUCACUUGGAGGGGCUGCAGAUUCGGGGAGGGGGUGGCAUCUCACGUGGACUGUGUCACGCAAGCUUUGGUUUAAUGCGCUUACUUUGGGAGACUUUUCUGCUAUGAGAACAGGCCGACUCACUCACUGUUCUUCAGUUAGAAGUUACUGCCUCCCUCCUUCCCUCCCUCCCUCCCUCUCUCCCUUCCUCCUUCCCUUCCUCCUUCCUUCCUUCUUUUGCCUGUGUUUUGGGCUCUCUCAGCCACCCCCACUAACCUGGACAGAGGGUCUUUGUGGGAUGAAGCCACGGACUCCGAAGCAAGCCACACCCUUGCCCACUGUCAGCUUCAGCUCCCAGCGACCACCCCCUGUGUGCAGAGGAGGUCAUCAUUUUCCUGUUUUUUCUAGUUAAAUGUAUAUUGAACACGCUGAGUUCCCAGAAAUGGAGGGCGCUUUCUGGACUGACAGAAUCCCUGUCAUUUGUUUCUUCUCAGCUCAUUGAAGGUUUAAUACCACACGGCUUUUCCUCAGCUAAGAGCUAGUGAACACAGGACUGGCUCUUUAUGAUGUGGCUACCUAGAGUGGUGGCCUUGCAUCUCCUAGGGCUGGGAGCUGUCCCUGCACGCAGACUGGCACGUGAUAGACUGCUGUGGGGUCUUCAGUUGCUUCUUGAAGCACUAGCUUAGUGCUCUGUAUCCUCUGACCUCAGGCCCGACAUUAUCAACAGGUCCCAAACAUGUCCUUAGGCAACGAGCACCCUGUGUCUUCCAAUCUGUCCCCUAUUUCCAGUGGCAUGACUAACGGAGAGGGCAAAUUUAGUUAUUGGUUUCUGUCUGGGGGAGAUGUGCCGCUUACCUGAGGUGAGAGGGCGAGAAUACGGGAAAUUUAGGAUGAACUCAGGGACAUGACUAGCCCUGAGCCCUGUUGGCGAUCAUUUCCCGUUCCUUCUCAGCAUUAGGAGCAACUCUGUCCACAGAGUGCCAAGUCUCUGCUGUUGGGCUCUCGGCUUCCCUUUGUCACCAAAGAUUCUUCUGCUGCCGUUCCCUGCCGGUGCCCCAGUCAGGCUGCCUUGAGGUGGGCCUCCAGCUCACACAGCUUCUAAUAGAGAGAUUUGGGUCUUCCACGGGAACUGCGCACUCCCUGGUGGCCUACAACUUGAUGAGUGACAGACUCGCUGUCUCUAGAAUGUAGAAUAAGUCGCAGUUAGCCCUGUCGGAUUGCGCUCUGAGCGAAGCAGUAGAAUGGUGCUGGCCUUCACCUCAGCUUCUGCGUCCUUGGGCAGCAAACCACCUGUACUGAUACAUGUGUGGAACAUAGCAGCCACACGUCUGGAGAAAUGGGCGGGUGUGUGCAGCCACAUGCUGCCAACCCAAAUGGCUUGUGCAAAUGUCAGUUACUCUAGGGGAGCUGGGACACGGGUCCACCAGCCUGUCUAGUGUUCGGCCUUCCUGCCCUGCUCUCAGCUUUUUCAUCCCCAUCACAAACUCGGGAAGUGGGCGUCUUUAUCUCGACCACCCUGCUCAGCCUUUGCAGCCUAUUGCAGUGCACGUCUUUCUCAAACUCGCGCUGCUGCGUUCUCCGUCAGCCUGCCCAUGACCGCGUUAGGGAGCUGGCAUCCUUCAGUCUCAUAGAUGGAUAAUACAGUGCUACUUAGAAAUCACUGCUGUCCAGAGCUCCAAUCAGCCUCCUCAUUUUAGAGAGAAUUAAAGGCCACUGAGUCAUCUGGCAGGGGCUGGAACAAAUGCCAACCUAGAUAUGGUUAGUAGGAAAGCUAUUCUGCUCUAGCUGUGCCAUCAUGGGAUCAUUUAUCAAAAGUGCCCCGAACUUGUCCAAAGGCAUGGUGGGGAGAGCUUAGGUCAGCUCUGUGUUUCCUACCCAAAAUUCACUGGGUAUACAAUUUUUUGAACCCUGGCGUGAACUAGAGUUGGAAACAAUGAUGGAACACCUCAGGAAAGGCCGUGCUCCAGUGUUGAGCACUGGAGUCCACUUCUCCCGGGCUCCUUGCCUGCUGCCUGUAACCAACUGUGACAUGUGGCCUCUGUGCCUAGACGGCUGCUUGGAGACUCUGCCUGACACUGCAGACCCUCCUUCCUCCGUGGCUUCUGAGCGGAGUUCUGCCCAUGCAAGUCACAUGCAUUCAAAGUACAGGCACAGCUGUGCAGUAGCCGAGAGGGUUCCCGUGGUAUGGGGACAAGGUGGCACCUUUAUAAUGUCACUGACUUUGUCCCCACGGCUGUUUUGUCCACCCAGAACACUACCAGCUUCUCAUGCUCGCUCAGCUGCUUCCCAGACCAGCAGUCUGAAGCUCACUUUGAAUUUUAACCUACCUGUCCAUAGAGCCCCCCACCCCAACGUUAAAUCUGGCAACCAUGGUCUUAAACCCCUCUAAAAUAGCCACAUAAGAAAUCUUAAUUUAACAAAAAAAAGGCUUCAUGGCCUCAAGAAAUGUAACCUGGGAAGGGAGUCACCAAAAAGAAGGGGGCAGAAGACCAGGCCAUCCUCCAUCAUGUCCCUCUUGGUGACACAGUUGCCAGAGGAAGAAAGAAAAUAAGAACUGUUAUCAAUAUUAUUAAAAAUAAGGGUAGCAGCAGGAUUCCCUGUUUAUUCUGAGGCAUCCUUCACAGGCUUUUCGGUGACAGCAUUGCUUGGUAACCUGCAGUCUAACCUACUUCUAGCUUGCUGAAAGCACUUCCUCCGCCUCCCUGCUUACUGCCACCUGGUGGGGGGACAGGUGCACCUCGGGACUUCCCAGGAGCCCCACCGGCUGUGCUGGGAUUCAUAGUCCAACCCCUCUGCCUUCUUUGUUCUUCCCCAACCUCCUCCUCCAGGGACUCUGGGGUGGAGACUGAGAGGAGGGAAGCCGAGCAUCUUAGGUUGGGUUUUUCCGUGCCUGGGGGGUGGGACUUCUUGCUCAGGCCUCAGGAAUGCUGCUUCACGUUUAGCCAGGUGGCUCUGGGCAGGCGCCUGGCGUUCUUGACAUUUCUCCGGGGGCCUCCUGCCUCCCCCAAUGACAGUGUUAGCUAAUAAAUACCUUCAGCAUUGUACUGAAAACUGUCCUUCGCAGCCAUUUUAUUCAGACUCAGACGCUGUAAGAUUUUUUUAACUGCAAUUUCUCUGAAGUUCCUUGCCACUGCGGGCAGUCCUAAACGUUUUUAGCCGCGUCUUUUCCAAUACAAGCUCACUCUUCACCAGAGAUGGUUUCCACAUGUGCCCUCCAUCCCUCGGCGGUCAGCUGAUCUGGCUGAGGGUACUCUGGGAGGAGGGGCUUACUUAUGCAGAUGACUAUUAAAAGUGUAACGUGUGACCUGUCACGUACACCGCAGGCUAGUUCAUUCGAGUUGUGCCUUCAUUCAGUAUUUUCAUGCUUCCUUUUGCUCUGUGUUCUGUCAAACGUUGUGAAUUUCUGUUUCCUUAAAAAUAAUGGACAUUUAUAGAUUUUAUUUUGAAAUGGUGUAUAGACACCCCCACCCCCAGCUUAGAAAGCAGAUUUACAGUUCUUGGUUCAGCCACGGAAGCCUAGUGACUCUCACCAAGGACGGAAGUCAGCGCUAAGUCACGUGCGGUUGGCUUUCAAGAGCUGGCACCCACCAUGGUGUACGCUGUAGAAAACACAUUCCAGACUGGGACUCAGCACCCUGUCCAUAGCAGCCGCUUGCAACUCGGCAGAGAUGGUGGCCAAGCCUCUCUCCUAGCAAACUGCAGCUGAGGGUGGGAAUGACAGAGAAGACAAGAGGACAUUCCUUCCCAAGUCCCCAGUGACCACGCUGACAGUCCUGGCAGGGUCCCCUGCCAAGUGAUGCAUGCUGUUCGUAUCAGGUAAUAAGCUCCUGCUUGCCAGCUUCUCACACAGCGCUGAGGUGUAGGGAGCUGACUUUUGACAGUAUUUUUUUGCACUGUUUCUUACGAAGUCUUAUUUAGCUAUUGGUCCUAGAGGAUGUUGUCUCUGUCCUUGUCAUUGCUAUAAAAUGUUUCUCCUAUGUGCCUUCACAAUGUGAGAUCUUUAUUCUAACCUGUUUUUGUAAAAGAUAUCUAUUGAUUUCUACAUGCAAUAAACCUUGUUUUGAUUGUUGUCAGAGAAA